AGUUGUAGUGUCUGCUAGAGCCGGCCAAGCGAAACGAGCGCGGGCACCUCGAGAACGGCACGAUGAUAACAAUAACAAAUCACUAUUCAUGAGCCACUGUCAGUGAAUCAGUUCCCACAGCGCAGUUGCUGUUAACGUUCAAUCGUACUCUGGAGUCUGGGCCAAUCUCUGGCAUUCGGACUACGAAUUCCGGAGCAGCUACCGAUUGUGUUAUUAAAUGUUUGCCCGUGAAUGGGCACAUUGUGACUCGUUUAUGCUCUAGAAGCGUCAUUUAAUUCAAAUUGUCAAAAUGGCAGUUGAUUUAGGUAACCGAAUAGUUGUCCUCAUUGACAUGGACUGCUUUUUUUGUCAAGUCGAAACGAGACUAAAGCCGGAAUACGCUGGUAAACCCUUAGCUGUAGUGCAAUACAAUCUUUGGAGAACUGGAGGUAUAAUAGCUGUCAAUUAUGAAGCCAGAGAGUUCGGUGUCACACGCCACAUGAGAGGAGAAGAAGCUAGAGAGAAAUGUCCUCACAUUAUUUUGGCUGUCGUACCGGGUUCACGUGGAAAAGCCGACACGUCGAGAUACCGAAGCGCUGGUCGCGAAGUUAUUGACGUACUGAAAAAACACUGCACUAUGGUGGAACGAGCUAGCGUCGACGAGGCUUAUUUGGACAUAACGCAGAUCGUUGACGAUCAAUUAGCCAAAAAAGAAUUUGAUCCUGCGGUGGUAGAAGAGUUAAAAACUACCUAUGUAAUCGGGCAUUCAGAGUGUAACGUUAAUAAUGAAGAACAAAGACGCAAAGGUCUAGAGGAAUGGAUAGCAGAAGCUGCAGAGGAUAUUCAGAUUCAGAGAUUGGCUAUAGCUGGAAGAUUUGUUGAAUUUUUAAGACAAGAAAUCAAAGAGACAACAACUUUCAAUUGCUCUGCUGGAAUUUCAUUUAACAAGAUUUUAGCAAAAUUGGCUUGUGGUUUGCAUAAGCCACAAAAACAAACAAUAUUACCUGCUUCAUCUGUGUCUAAAUUAUUUGGUUCCUUGCCUGUCAAAAAAGUAAGAAACCUUGGAGGAAAAUUAGGAGAUAUGGUCCUUGAUGCAUUAGGAUGUCAUGUAAUGUCAGACUUACUGCAAUAUUCUUUGCAAGAUCUGCAAAGUCGGUUCGACAGGAAAACUGGUCAUUGGUUAUAUCACAUAGCGAGAGGGAUUGAUAAUGAGCCUGUUACUCCAAGACUAGUUUCAAAAUCUAUUGGUGCAUGCAAGCGUUUUCCAGGAAAGCAAACCAUCGUCAAAGUAGAAACUCUGAGGCAUUGGCUUGGAGAAUUAUCAUCAGAAAUUAGUGAAAGGCUUGAACAAGAUUUUGAAGAAAAUGAACGAAAAGCCACUUCUCUAACUGUUAGUUUUCAUUACAUUCAAAAUAAAAAAGUCAUUUCUCAAUCUCGAGCUUUUGCAUUGACCACUUAUAAACAGGAAAAAAUUGCAGAAAUGAGUAUUAAUGCAGUUUUAAAAGUUACACAAGAUCUUCCUAUUUCAUUUUUAGGAGUAUCUGCUGGUAAGUUUAUAAAAUCUAGAGGUAGUGAAAAUUUAAAAAAUUUUUUUAAGCCGAAAUUAAUAAAAAAGUUAAAAACUCAAAUAACAAAUUCAAAUAAUAGCAAUGAAAAUAAUUCAGAAACUUCAAAAAACAUUUCAAUACCAAUAGAACAGAGUAGUAAUUCUCAAUUUUGUUCAACAUCAUUAAAGAAAAAUGACAAAUUCUCACCAUGUAGUAAGCUACAAAAGUCCCUACAACACGAGAAAUUUAAACAAUCAUUUUUCAUUACUGUUUUAAAAGAAAAUAAAUUGAAAAAUCAUAAAUGUGAUGAUGAUGGCCCAAUGACAGGAAAAGAUAAGAAGGACAAAAGAGUAGAAAAUGAAAUAGAGGAUGAAAAAGAAAAAAGAGCAGGGGAUGGAAAGAAAAAAAAAAGAGAAAAUGAAGAAGAGAAACAAAGAGAGGAUAAAAAAGGAAAAAAAGGAGAGGAUGAAAAAGGAAAAGACAUUUUAUUAGAAUGUAACACAAAUUUUUUUGCAGAUAAGUAUGAGAGUGCUACUGAAUUCAAUGAAACAGUUAUGGAGAAAAAAAAUGAACCUAAAUCAAAUAUUUCAUUUUUUGUAUCAAAUAACGCAAUGUUAAAAUUACAAGAAAUAUUUCCUGAUCUUAAUGAUAUAGAUUUGGAUGUUUUACAUAUGUUACCAAUGCAAUUACAAGAUGAAGCAAAAAAGUUUCUCAAAGUCAAAGGUAUAAAAAAUGUAAGUGAAGAUAUUAAUAUUUUAAAACAAAAACGGUCAAACUCUAAAGCCUGUGAAAAACAAGAAGUCAAGUUAGUUGCUAAGAGUGGUCGGGGCAGGCCACCUAAGUGUAAGCUAGUAGUUUCUAACUAUAGUAAUCCUCAAACUGAUAUUCAACAUUUUUUCAUCAAGACUGGAACUAAUAACAAAGCAGAAAAUUUCAAAAAAUGUUUGCAAUGUCAUCAAUUAAUUUUAACAAAUAAAUUUGAAGAGCAUAAUGACUAUCAUGUUGCUCAAAAUGUACAACUAGAAAUGAAUUCUUUACCUGCUUCAGAUGAGAGAAGAAAAAGAAAACUAUCAGAUGAAACUUUAGAUCAGUUUUCUUAAUGUUAUAGUAAUAAAAUGGUUUUAAAUAACAUUAAAAAUGAAUAUGUAUGAAUUCUAAUCAAUGAAUAUAACAAAUUCAAUAAUUGUAAAUAUAUUGUAAAUUUUCUGAAUAAAUAUUUAUGUUUUUA